AUGAGCGUCACGAAAGAAGAUGUGACGAAGUUUCUGGAUGAAAACCCUGAGUUUGCCAAGGUUUACUUCGACAAGAAGCUAAAAGUGGGCGCCAUCGCCGCCGUGAUGAGCCGGCCAGAGUCCAGUGUGGAUUUUGCGUCUUUCAAGGAGCUGAGCCAGGUGGAGGAAGCAGAGAUGCUGUUCGACCUCAUUCACAACAUGCAGGAGAGUGUCAACAUGGAGAAGGUGGUCUUCAAGGUCUUGAAGAGGAUCAGCUUUCUGAUCCACGCAGACUGCUGCAGCCUGUUCAUGUUCCGCCAGCGCAACGGCAUCGCGGAGCUGGCCACGCGCCUCUUCAACGUCAACAGUGGAGCGGAGCUGGAGGACUGCCUGGUGCCGCCGGACUCUGAGAUCGUCUUUCCUUUGGACAUGGGAGUUGUGGGACACACUGCCCACAGCAAGAAAACCAUCAAUGUCAAGGACGUGUCAGAGAGUACUCACUUCUGCUCAUUCGUGGAUGAACUGACGGGGUACAGCACCAAGAACAUCCUGGCCACCCCCAUCAUGAACGGCAAGGAAGUGGUGGCAGUGAUCAUGGCCAUCAACAAGACAGACGGGCCCUUCUUCACACCGGAGGACCAGGAUCUUUUUUUGAAGUAUCUCAACUUUGCCACCUUGAACCUAAAGAUUUACCACCUGAGUUACCUGCACAGCUGUGAGACCCGCCGUGGACAGCUUUUACUCUGGUCAGCCAACAAGGUGUUUGAGGAGCUCACGGACAUCGAGCGACAGUUUCACAAGGCCUUGUACACGGUGCGAGCGUACCUGAACUGUGACAGGUACUCUGUGGGCUUGCUGGAUAUGACCAAGGAAAAGGAGUUCUUUGACGUGUGGCCUAUACUGAUGGGGGAACAGGCCCCAUACUCAGGCCCCGUGACCCCAGAUGGAAGGGAAAUCAUCUUCUAUAAAGUUAUUGACUACAUUUUGCAUGGAAAGGAAGAUAUCAAAGUUAUCCCAAACCCCCCCGCAGACCACUGGGCUUUGUGCAGUGGACUUCCAACUUAUGUGGCGGAAACUGGAUUUAUUUGCAACAUUAUGAAUGCUGCAUCAGAGGAAAUGUUCAGCUUCCAGACGGAGCCCCUGGACAGCAGCGGCUGGACCAUCAAAAACGUGCUUUCACUGCCCAUCGUCAACAAGAAGGAGGAGAUUGUGGGUGUGGCCACGUUCUACAACAGGAAAGAUGGGAAGCCCUUUGAUGACCAGGAUGAGCAGCUUAUGGAGUCUCUGACACAGUUCCUUGGAUGGUCUGUGCUCAACCCUGACACGUACGACAAGAUGAAUAAGCUGGAAAACAGGAAGGACAUAGCCCAGGACAUGGUGCUGUACCACGUCAAGUGCCGCAACGAUGAGAUCCAGGACAUCCUGAAAACACGGGAGUAUUUUGGUUGCGAGCCAUCAGAGUGCGAAGAGGAUCAGCUUUCAAAGAUCUUGAAAAAAGAGCUCCCAGGACCUACCAAGUUUGAGAUCUAUGAGUUCCGGUUCUCAGACUUUGACUGCACGGAACUGGACCUGGUGAAGUGUGGGAUCCAGAUGUACUAUGAAGUCGGGGUAGUGAAGAAGUUUCAGAUUCCACAGGAGGUCCUAGUGCGAUUCAUGUACUCUGUCAGCAAAGGCUACAGGAAGAUCACCUACCACAACUGGCGCCAUGGGUUCAACGUUGGCCAGACAAUGUUCACAUUGUUAACGACCGGGCAGCUGAAGCAUUACUACACAGAUCUGGAGGUCAUGGCUAUGAUCACAGCUGGCUUCCUGCAUGACAUUGACCACAGGGGCACCAAUAACCUCUACCAGGUGAAGUCACAGAACCCGCUGGCCAAACUUCACGGCUCCUCCAUUCUCGAAAGGCACCACUUAGAAUUUGGGAAGUUUUUACUUUCAGAUGAGUCAUUAAAUAUUUACCAGAACCUCAAUCGACGGCAGAUGGAUCACGUUAUUCAUCUCAUGGACAUUGCCAUCAUUGCCACAGACCUGGCACUGUAUUUCAAAAAGAGGACCAUGUUUCAGAAGAUUGUGGACCUCUCAGAAACAUAUGAAGAUAAAAAAAAGUGGGUUGAAUUCAUGUCCCUGGAAACUACAAGGAAAGAGAUUGUGAUGGCCAUGAUGAUGACCGCAUGUGACCUGUCAGCCAUCACCAAACCAUGGGAGGUCCAGAGCAAGGUGGCGCUCUCUGUGGCUGCUGAGUUCUGGGAGCAGGGAGACCUGGAGAGGACAGUUCUAAGCCAGCAGCCCAUUCCCAUGAUGGACCGGAACAAAGCAGCAGAUCUGCCCAAGUUACAGUGCGGCUUCAUUGAUUUCGUCUGCACAUUCGUCUACAAGGAGUUUUCUCGGUUCCAUAAGGAAAUCCAGCCCAUGUAUGAUGGCAUCUUAAACAACAGGAAGGAGUGGAAGGCCAAGCAGGAGGAGUACGAGGCCCAGCUGAAGGCCUUCGAGGAGGAGAAGGCAGCCCGAGAGCAGACUGCGGCUGCAAAAAAAGCUACAGCUCAGAACACUCCCAACUCAGCCUCUGGGUCCAAGACCUGCUCCAUUUGCUAGACCCAUGGGGCGUAUCUAAGAGGGAGGCACUCACUCGAAUAUGACACAGCCAUUGAGUCUGAUUGCAUCAGGUGGGGUUGGGCCAUGGGACAGGUCCGGUCUUGCCCCAUUCCCAACCACUGAAUCCUACAGAAGAUCGACAGGUUCCUCCUGGCUGGUGGACUGAUCAUGGCCAAGCUAUGGCCCAGGCCACGGGUUUGUCAUUCACUUUUUUAUUUCUUUUGUCCUUCAUCAUCUUCAAGCGCCUCUGUCAGCUUCAAUCACCCAGUAUGUCCAGUGGAGGAACAGCUGAGAGAAUGAUGCGUGUAGCAUAGGCAGGUAGCUAAAUAGAAACUGAAAGCGCAUUUGACCACAAAGACAUAUCAUCAUACUAAAAAUCUGGGAAGUGGGUGAGGAAGACUUGGUAUAAACGUCUACUCACAGCAGAUGGGGUCAGACAUGUUGAUAAUCAUAUGUAACAAAGAGUACAUAUCUAGUGUUGAACUGAAGGAUUUACGUUGUCAACUGUUUCAUCAAUGUUCUUUUUUACCAUAUAAUCACCUUGAGGUACUCUGCACCUCAAUUCUUCCAGUCAAUCGUGCUUUACAAUAGACUUCCAGAAACAAAAUUGCUCUUCAUAUUUUACCUCAGGACAGGUCAUGCAUAGCAAACUGACGGCUUCUUGGUAUGUGGGUGUGAGUUUUAGGGUUUUGUUUCAAUGACUUUGAAAUGACUUAGGGCAAUAAACUGUUGAGGUUUAAUGGGUGUGUAGGUAGGCCAGAGUCCCCUACUUUAUAUAAAUGAUACACAAAUAUUCAAAUAAGGGAGUGUGUCUGGGAUCAACCGAGGUGGUUGGGGCAGGUGGUCGCGCUGAACCUUGGUGGUCACUGUCAGAGUAAGGGCUGGUUCCCACUUACUGCGGACGCACCACAGCAGGUGCCCCGGAGUGCUGGCCCAUCCACGUUCCUGUAGGCCUGCACUCAUUCUCCUUGCACCACCGUGUAUUUUGAUACCAGGCACAGGUAUAUGGCUUUGCAGGUGCAAAUGUAGUUUUCAGCUAUCUGGGAGUCUUUUCCACAGCGAGGAAUCAUAAAUGCUGGUAUUAAACUUUCUCGUAGCAGGAAGUCCUUCUGACUUCCUGCUACUUUUCCCUGGGCAAUGAACAACUGAGCUGUGUUGUGUUGAUUUUUGAUUGGUAUGCAGCGUCAUGCUUGGCCCUCGAACAAGAAUUAUAGCACAAGAGCCAUGAGUGCUGUGGUUUGUCUGCAGUAAGUGGAAUCCAGCUAUCAGGUUGCAUCUUUUAGCGCAGUUUAUUAAUGAAUCGUACAGGGGUGUUUGUGACGAGCAUGCAGAAGACGUAGCUCAGACACAAGAGAAAGUUAACUUCACAAAACUGCACACUUGAAGGUGACCUAUACACAUUUAAAGCAAAUGCAUGCACUUUUCCAACAAAUUAGCAGAAGUCAAAUUCAGGGGACA